AUUUUACCAGAAGAGGAUGACUAUGGAUUUGACAUAGAAGAAAAGAACAAAGCAAUUGUGGUGAAAUCAGUUCGACGAGGGUCUUCUGCAGAGAUGGCUGGCCUGCAGACGGGAAGAAAACUCUAUUCCAUCAAUGAGGACUUAAUAUUCCUACGCCCGUUUUCAGAAGUUGAAACCAUCUUAAACCAGUUCUUCUGCUCACGAAGGCCACUUAGGCUUCUGGUAGCCACCAAAUCAAAAGAGAUUAUUAAAAUCCCAGAUUGUCCUGAGGCACUUUGCUUUCAGAUACAAGGAGCAGCACCACCAUAUGUUCAUGCAGUAGGAAGAGGUUCUGAGGCUGCAGCUGCAGGCCUUCAUCCAGGGCAGUGUAUUUUGAAAGUUAAUGGGAAUAAUGCAACACAUGGAAAUUAUAUGGAAGUUCUGGAGCACUUUACAGCCUACAGGACCAGACAACAAGAAGCACUGGGGUUGUACCAGUGGGUGUAUAGAACACAUGAAGAUGCUGAGGAGGACAGAGUUCAGCAAGCAGCAUCCACUGCAUAUCUGAACGGCAGUCAUCCUGGCUCCAGCAAAGACAACUCUUCACUGGAAGGAGGUGCAGAAUUGGAUCCCCUUCAAAAUAAUCAACAGGAAUCAGCCCAGACACCACAGACCACCAGCUCUCCACUGGUCACUGGUGAAGAAACACCUCUCGUUAGCCUGACUGUGGAUAACACCCACCUAGAGCAUGGGGUGGUGUAUGAAUAUGUCAGCAGCGCAGGAAUCAAAUCCUUUGUCUUGGAGAAAAUUGUGGAACCAAAAGGUUGCUUCAAUCUCACCGCAAAGAUUUUAGAGGCCUUUGCUGCAGAGGACAAUCACUUCAUAAGGAAUUGCAAAAGACUUAUAUCUCUGAGCAGUGCUGUGGCCACCAUGCCCCAGUAUGAAUUCCGGCAAAUCUGUGACACUAAGCUGGAAAGCAUUAGCAGAAGGCUGACAAACUACCAAGAGUUUGCAGCUGAAUUAAAAACAAAGGUGAGCCCAGCCUUCAAACAAGCCGUCAUGGAACCACAUUCCCUCAAUAGCAUGGAUUUCUGUCCCACCAACUGCCAUGUUAACCUCAUGGAGGUAUCAUACCCCAAAAACACUACCUCAGCAGGGAGGUCGUUCAGCAUUCGCAUUGGACGGAAGCCCUCUAUUAUUGGUCUUGAUCCAGAACAAGGUACCUUAAAUCCAGUCUCCUAUACUCAACAUUGCAUCACCACUAUGGCUGCACCAUCCUGGAGAUGUCUGACCCCAGAUGACGGAGAUCUCAAUGGUAGCUUUAGCCAGCAGAAUGGAGGAACAGUUCAGGAAGAAAGGGGACUCAGUUUUCUACUGAAACAGGAAGAUCGGGAGAUCCAGGACUCCUACUUGCACCUUUUUAACAAACUUGACAUUGCAGUGAAGGAAAUGAAGCAAUACGUCAUUCAGAUAAAUAAACUUUUGUCCACCAUAACAGAACCUACAGAAGGUGGUGCCUGUGAGCCAUCAUCUACCGAGGAGACAUCUCCACCUUCCCUGGGAACAGAAGAGAGUGAUCCUGACAAAGCUGAGCAUGGUGGGAUCAAGAAGGUGUGUUUCAAAGUUUCUGAGGAGGACCAGGAAGACUCUGGACAUGACACAAUGAGUUUCAGAGACUCCUACAG